AUGGAGAACGGGGCCUGUUCUGAAAAAAACGAUCGCGAUAGUGAAGCCUCAAGUACAAUGUCCAAGAAACAGAGGAAAAGACUUAUGAAGCAUCAAAUGUUUUUGGAGAAAAGAAAGAUUAAAAGGCAGGAAAAGCGAGAGAGAAAAAAGGAAGAAAAGAGGAAAUUACGAGAAGAAAGAAAGGCUGACGGAAGUGAGGCGAUGAUAAAUGUGGCUGGUGCAUUUCCCAAAAGAUUUAAAUCAAUGGCCUCAAAAGAAGCUUCUUCGCUUUGCAUUGCUAUAGACUUGAGCUUUGACGAUUUGAUGAGCGACCGUGAUAUGAUGAAACUUCUAAAACAAGUGCAACGAACUUAUUCUGUCAAUCGCAGGGCAGAACAUCCUGUUCAAUUGUACCUCACAAGCUUUGGGGACAAAGUGAAAAGAAAGUUAAACGAAAUCAAGUGCAAUUAUGAGCAAUGGGACAUUCAUAUCAAGCCUGAGCCGUAUAGCGAAGUAUUUCCCAAAGAAGACGUGAUCUAUUUGACUUCAGACUCUCCUAAUGUUCUAAGCGAAGUUGACGAAUCCAAAGCGUACAUUAUUGGUGGACUCGUAGAUCACAAUCACCAGAAAGGCCUCUGCUACAAGCUGGCAAUUGAACGGGACAUUGCACAUGCUCAGUUACCCAUCUCCGAGUUUGUCAAACUAAACUCCAGGAAAGUGCUUGUGGUUAAUCAUGUGUUUGAGAUUUUGUUACGUUUUACUGAAUCUAAAGACUGGAAAGAUGCUUUCUAUAAAGUUCUUCCUGCGAGGAAAAUUGUGCCAGACAGCAAUGAAAACCAGGAAGAGAUAGGUGGCAGUGAAGACUUCAAAAGAGAUAGUGAGGAAUCGGACAAGACCAAAGAAGAAGUAACAUGCUCCUAA